GUUUCAACGCCAUUAAAAUUCAGAAGUUUCGCUCAGUAAGUAUCAUAGUCAUUUUAAUGUUCCAUAAACAAUGACUUUUAAUCCUUCCACUGAACAGCUGAUAAAUUUAUCUCAUCAUCAUAAUUCACAUAACGAGAAUCAUAAUUUCCGUAUUAAUUCGGUGCUUGGAUUACCUAAUUUGCUUGGUCUACAGUCAAAUAAUUCUCCGAUAUCUCAUCCAAAUCACCAUAAUUCCUACACAGAUUCACAAUCUAAUUUAUCAGCGAUGAAUACAGCAACAGAAAAUCUAUAUGGACAACGAAGUCAUCAGUCAAUGAAAUUUCCAUUGCCUCCAUGGUUAACAACUCCUGUAUGGGAAAGAAAACAUUGUCCAGAUAUGGUAUCCGACUUUGGAUCACUCCCUAACGGAAUUGAUAAUCUGGUAGGCGUGAACAAAAACCAAUAUAGCAUGUCCGCAUUAUCAUCUGAUAUUACUUUUAAAUCGGAUCAUAUUCGUUCUGCUUAUAAAUCUCCUUCUAACACAAGUGCUUUGACUGAAUCCACGAUUGCAUCAGUAGUAAGUGUGCCAAAUAACACAACAUUAGUAUCAUCAACCACAAUAGGAGAAACAACUCCCAGAUCGAAUUCUCUAUUAUCCUCUGACCGCUUUCUAACAUCACAUUUAAAGAAACAAAACAAUGAAAGUGUAAGUGAUGAUCACUUGACAAGUACAUGUUUAAGUCAUUCUUUUCAUGACAUUUCAUCAGCAAUCACCACUACUGCUAACAGUAAUAUCACUUUCACCAAUACAUCUACUGCACCAAGCGUUACUUCCACUCCUACUCCCACUACUACUAUUACUACAUCUCCUAGUAUGAGUGAUUUUCAAAGUAUGAAAAUGAAUUAUUCUCGAUCAGCUAUGGCUAUGGCAGCGAUGGCUGCAGCUGCACUGGCUACAACUAACUUCAAAAUACCAUCAGCAACAUCUUCGUAUAAUCAAACACCUAGUGAAUUGAAUAUCGGUAAUGCUAAUAGCAUUAUUGACAAUAAUAGUAGUAAUAAUAUACCAGAUAUUAGUUCACUUGUGAGUGCCAUAGCUGCAGCAGCUUCUGCGAUGGGAUCACAUAUAUUAUUCAAUCAUAACAAUGACAAUAAUCACCAUAAUAUCUCUCCUACUACGAAUACUACUAUUACAAAUGACAGUAAGAUUGUCAAUGACUGGAAAGCAGACUCAUCACAAGUGUUAAACGAACAAGGGAUGUAUGAAAGCAGAAAUACAUCGACAUCAUCAUUACUGACUGACUCUAGACCAUGCCCAUCUUCAUUAAUGUUACAAACAAAUUUUGAUGCUCAACUAGGAGUGGGUUCAUCAAAUUUAUCAUCACCAGAAUCAAGUGGGAUCAGACCAGAAGUUGAACUAGUCGACAAACCACUAUGGGACAAAUUUCAUUGUCAUGGUACUGAAAUGGUGAUUACUAAAAGUGGAAGACGGAUGUUUCCACCCUUCAAGGUGAAAAUCAAUGGUUUAGAAAAACGCGCCAAAUAUAUUGUUUUAAUGGAUAUCGUAGCAUUGGAUGACUGUCGAUAUAAAUUUCAAAAUAAUCUAUGGACAGUUGCAGGUAAAGCUGAUCCUGAAAUGCCAAAACGAAUGUAUAUUCAUCCGGACUCUCCAUCAACUGGUGAACAAUGGAUGCAAAAAAUUAUCUCAUUUCACAAACUAAAGUUGACCAAUAAUAUUUCUGAUAAACAUGGUUAUGUAAGUUUGGCGAUUUAAUUAUCCCACAUAUUUCGGUCAUUUAAGUAAUAUAUAUUAUAUCUUUUGUAAAUCUGGUGGCAAAUAUGGAGUACUUUACAUCUAAGUAACGUUAAUCCUAUCAUUUGUUGAUACAUUCAUCCCAAAGCGGACGAAAACCGCAUUCUCGAUCCCACUGCUAGCCACAUCCAAGUCAAUUAUGAUGUGAAUCUUUUACAGAUUAAUUUGUAAAUUCAUUUUUAAGAUAGUCUGCUUUCACUUAACUUCUACUACUUUUGUGUUGACUAAGAAGUCGAUAGAUUUUAAUUCAAACUGAUGCAUUACCAAAUCACCAUUCAGGUUUAUGUCAUAACUUGUUACUUCCUUUUGUUGAACAGUUUGGAACUACACAUUGAUUGGUUACUAAAGGGUAACCAUGUUGUAUAGUCCCAAGUGCUGACCAAAUUCUAUCGAUCAUUUUGUAUGUACUCACCAGACCAAGUGGCUCACCACCGCGAAGCACCUUGAUAGAUGUUAGUUAGUUGGAGGCAAUCGUCAGGAAACCCCGGGACCUAUGUAUCGUGUUUUUUGACACUCAUCAGCAAGGCGUAUCUGUAACCUCUAUGGAACUAAUAUCCUACCUAGGAUGCGGACCUGGGUCACCCAGAACUGGAAUCAGAGAUGUUACUGUCUAGCUAUUCGGGCCACGACUGAUCUCCUGUGCCACUGAAUCAGGCACAAUGAUUGAUCACUGGAGGCCAAUCAACUUUAUGCUGCCUAGUCCUAAGUGCUGAAUGGAAUUAUCAGCUAUUUUAAAGCAUGCUCAUAGUAACACAUUUGUUAAUGGUGGCCGGUAAAUAAGAUCUAAACCAUUC